AUGGUGGUGCGUGUGGUCGCCCAAGCUGGGCCCCAGAUGGGGGACUGGGAACGGGGGCCUGGUGUCAACAGUGCAGCCUUCUCCCUGAAGCAUGAAGUUGUGGUCAGGCAGAAGAGGGCCCCACACGGCUCCUGGAAGGUUGGCACACUCCUCCAUGGAAAGAGGGUCUACGCUGUGGCCAUCAGCGGCUCAACCCACCACGUGUACACGUGUGGCUCCGGCUACAUCAGGGUGUGGGAUGAGAGUGCGCUGCAGGCGGGAGACAAGGCCCCUCAGGCCCAGCUGGAUUUGCAGGAUCCCCAGGACUGUGUUGUCACCUGCAAGCUGUUCCCUGAUGAGCAGAGCCUGAUCACAGGGGGUGCAUCCCAGGCCGUGACUCUCUGGGACCUGGCACCCACCCCCCAGGUCAGGGCACGGCUGACCUCAACGGGCCCCACGUGCUAUUCUCUGGCUGUCUCCUCUGAUGCCCAUAUCUGUUUGGCUUGUUUCCAUGGAUUUGUUGAGAUUUGGGAUUUGCAGAACCAAAUCUUGAUCAGGAAGCACGAAGUUCCUGUAUAUGGGUCCCGAUGUGUGGACAUCACUGGCAAUAUAUUCUGGACAGGAGGUGAAGACACCACCCUGUAUUCCUGGGACCUGAGGAACUACCAGAGGCUGCACCAACACGACUUACAGAAUGAGAUCCUCAGCCUUACCCAUGACCCCGGAGAAGAAUGGGUAUUGGCGGGCUUGAGAACAAGUGAUAUCGCGUUCCUUCACACUCGUCGGAAUGAGCAGUUUAAGGCUGUCAUGAAAAAAUACACCCGCCACCACAGCCUCAAGUUUGCCUCCUGUGGGAGCUAUUUUGUGACCGCGAUAGAUACGCGCCUCAGUGGCUUGGAGGCACCUUCUCUACAAAAGUUGUUUCAGAUAGAGGAGUCUUCAGGUAUCCUGUGCUGUGAUGUAUCCUCUGACAACCAGUAUCUGGUCAUGGGCUCCAAGAGCAGUGCCAUCGUCUACCAGCUCUUGUAUUAA